AUGUUUUCUUUACCAUACAUUCGUGAGUCACCGGGUUCUUUAACUCUUAAAACAAAAAUUCCUAUGGAGUAUAGUAGAGCGGUACUAACAAACAUAUGGCAUGAAAAACGGCAGGCCGAACCAAAAGAUUGUGAUUUGAACACACUACCACGACGUAACAUGCAAAUAGCAACAUAUAAACGAUUACAAAAUACCACUUCAAAUGAAACUGGCCUACCAAAAUCGACUACACAGGAUCAACAAGAAGAACCAUAUAUAAAACGACCAUGGUAUAUGGAAGAGCAACACCCCCGUCCAAUGAUUGAUCAUGCAAAUAUGAAUGUUGCAAAUGCUGCUUUGGACAGUUUAACUAAUCGAACGCAUUCUAAAUAUCAAAAACUUCUGCCAAGACAUCCUAGUGACUUCGGCAAACCUUCGUUCGAUACAACAUACGGAAGUGACUUCAUACCACCCUAUCCAUAUCAUAUGAAAACGAGUGAUCAUUCAGAAUAUGCAAAUAAGAGUUAUCCAACUUAUCCAGACAAAUCGUGGGGAUACCGUAAGAUGAUUUCGCAGUUCACUGAUGUUGAUCAGCCACGACGAUCAGGAAUUAAUACAUUUCAUAUUCAACAUGGAUCAUACGAGAAUCGAGAAAUGCGUCGCGAAAUGGGACAUUUUGCACCAACAAAUCCAUUUCCAAUUCAAUUAGAAUAA